AAAUCACUUGCAUUCCCGAUUCCCGUCACCUCUGGCUCUGGUCACUACUUCAAAAGUUCUUGUUUGCAAUAUUGUAUGGUCGUCUGCACAGCAAAUACUGGCUUUGGUGGCGUUGCGAAUGAUGUGAAGCUCUAAUCAGUUGUUAGUAGGUGCUAACGCUCGAAGGCGGGCCCGAAAGCCGAAAGGUUGCGGGUCAGUCUGGCAACUGGGGGGCCGAAGCCAAUAAUUCGUCCUGGACCCCGUAUGCCAGUAAUUCUUACGACGACUUGCCCUUGAUAAGUAACAUUACUACCAACAGUAGCCACGACACACCGCUGCAUAUCGCCAUGGCCACUGUAGGCGAGAGCCCGGCUGCCGGUCAGAGCAGUGCUGGCGCUCAUGCUCGCUCAGAUCGUAAACGAGUGCGCCGAGUGAUAGCGGAGGACAACGAGUGGACGCUGUCCAACGUGCCCACUCUGCGGCAGUGCAUUCUGAAGGCGAUCAUCAAGAAUUUUGGGACUCGCCCGUUGCUACGGGAGUUGAAUGCCCUGGAUCAGCGGUUUGUAUUGCACUACCUUCCAACAGAUUUGCCUGUGGAAGUAAUCGUAGCAGUGAUUGGCUAUGGGAAACACGAAGAGUCCUAUUGGAAACGCUGCUGCAGACAGUUGUGGCCCUGUUGCGACGUUGCGAAUCACGGUGGCAACUACAAGCGCAUGUAUCUGGAGAAGCAUGUAGCGCACUACCUGGAGACGUUCCUGCCCGAAGUACGCGAGGACCCAGCGCGUAUGCGACGCAUGCAGCAGCUGCUGUCCCUGUGCGCCGAAUACGUAGAGUCACUCCACAUCAAGCAGCUUCUGCCGCCUGUCAAGAAAGUGUCGGGCGAGAGAACGAGAAAGAAGAGGCAUGCCCGGAGCAAAGUGGUGCCCCUGACCGAUGGUAAGCUGGGCAGUGCUCCUGAUGAGGAACAGGACAAUGGCAGUGCAAGCGAAGAAGAAGACGACUUGCCAGACGAUGAGGUCAAGCUGGACCAUUUUGACUUCGGCGCGGCGCUGAAGUGUCUGCCCAGGCUCAAGAAACUUAGUGUUGUCUACCAAGUGCAGAAUGUUGGCAUGAACUUUGACUGGUCUCUGUUUAAGUUCACACGUCACGACUGCAGGGUUCUGGCCAAAGGUGCUCUGCGCUGCACACAGCUAACGGAGCUGCGCAUAGCUAAGAGCCUAUUGGAUGACCACCAGGCACGCGUUCUUGCUAAGCACAUCAAAACUCACACCGCGUUGCAAACACUAGAUUUGUCGUUCAACAAAAUUGGAGACCCAGGCGGCAAGGCCAUUGUGAAGCUGAUGGAUCCCAACAUUCCUCUACGGCUGACGACACUGAUCCUGGCUGACAACAAGCUAAACGAAGAGGCUGCCAAUAUACUGGCUUCCAUGCUGGAGAGGAAUGUUCACAUGAAAAAGCUGUCCCUCCGGCUGAAUAGCAUCGGUGAUGACAAAAUGGGAGUUGUGCUGAAAUCUCUGGCAGUCAAUCGCGGUCUGGAGGAGGUAUGUUUGGCUGCAACUGGCUGCGGUGAACACUGCACCGCACCGCUACGUGAAGUACUCGAGCUCAACAAGGUGUUGAAGAAGUUCGAUUUGUCAUGCAACAGUUUCAAGACGGACCAUGGCAAAUCAAUCGUGGAGAGCCUGGCGUCCAAUCCGAUCAUAACAGAUCUUGACCUUCGCCUGGCAAACUUUGACCAGGAAACCGAGUACCAGGUCAACCAGAUUUUGAAGAAGAACAAAAUCGACCAGGGGCUAAUACCUCAGCUAUGAUGUAUCUCAGUAGGCCGAGCCGUGCUUGUCACGGUCCCGCCGGUAGUUGGCACGCAGCGAUGUCUUUGUCUCUGCAGAUGAGGGCAUUGCUGGCUGGCUGGCUUCAUUGCAAGUGCAGCAGCAUCCACGUUGUAUGUGCCUCUUCGUUCCAUGCGCUCAGCAUACAGUUCAGUCAUGCUUCCCGAAGCGUUUUCAGUUGAAGAGGUUUUCUCAGUCGGCAGUACAAUGAAAACUGAGAGCUAGCAAAGAUCGAGGAUGCUGCAGUCCACACGCGUGUAUUUCAGCAGUCCCCCCCCCCCCCCCCCCGAGUAUUGAGAGUGUUACAAGUCAUCCAACAGCUAGUGUAUAGUACUGGCCGCGAUUGCGACAAAAAGAACAUAGUCAUGAUGUCCAAAAGCAUCUGAGCAUCAUUUGAGAAACACAAACUUGAUUCUAGAAUACUAGUAUAGAAUGUAGCCCGGUGUAAUUUAUUUCCCGUACCAUGUUUGCUACGAAUCCUCUCUACCCGGCGUACAGUAUCAUAAUUGCUUUGCCAUGAUGUGCUGGCACAUUCCACAUUGUCUUUCGUGUUCUUGUUGCUCUAGAAUUUGUUUUUCGAAUUUUGUUGUAUUUUGGAGACGGCCAAAACUAG